AUGAGCGUAAAUAUCCACCAAAUCACGCAGACAAGGCCAAUACACCCACUCAACAAGCACUCCUCUACUAUCACACAGGAUAUUUCCCAUCUCGGUGCACAGGCCUUUCUCCACGCUAUCGGCCUCUCCGAAUCUGAUCUCGAUAAGCCACAUGUCGGAAUUCUGACUGUGGGUUUUGACAGCAACCCGUGCAACAACCACCUCAACAGCCUCGGCGAGCAUGUCAAGCGAUCGCUCUCGAAUCACUCUCUCCUCGGUUUUAUGGCGUCUAGUGUCGGUGUUUCUGACGCCAUUACUCAGGGCACGGCCGGGAUGCGCUACAGUCUGCCCAGCCGUGACCUGAUAGCAGACUCGUUUGAGAUGAUAGUCGAAGCGCAGCACUACGACGCCAGCGUGCUCAUCCCCGGCUGCGACAAGAACAUGCCCGGUGCAAUGAUGGCCGCACUACGCUACAACAGACCAUCCCUCAUCGUCUACGGAGGUACCAUCAAGCCCGGCACACACCAGAUCGACUGCCGCCCCCUCAGCGUUAAGAAGGGUGACCAGAGUAACAUCACAGACACUUUCGAGGCUUAUGGCGCUUAUCUCAACGGUAACAUCGGCCAGGAUGAACUGAAAAUUAUCAAACAAAACGCUUGCCCCGGUUCGGGAUCUUGCGGCGGACUGUUUACGGCUAAUACCAUGUCUAGUAUCAUCGAAGCUAUGGGAAUGUGCUUGAGCUACUCAGCUUGCACGCCUGCGGAAACAAGUGAAAAAGUUCAGGAGUGUCUUAGAAUAGGCCCGGUCGUACGUAAUCUCCUCGAACAAGAUAUCAAGCCACGCGAUGUAAUGACGAGAGAGGCAUUUCUAAACGCAAUAACCAUUGUGAUGGUGUUGGGUGGCUCUACCAAUAGUGUCCUCCAUCUCCUCGCAGUAGCAAGAAGUGGAGAUGUGCAUCUGACAAUGCAGGAUUUCAGCGACGUCGCCGCGCGUACACCAUUCCUUGCCAACAUGAAACCGUCCGGGAGGUAUAUGAUGCAAGACUUGCACCAAGUUGGCGGUAUACCAGCUGUAUUGAAGUAUGUCUACGACAACACCACCCUUUUAGAUGGAAAUUGCUUGACAAUCACUGGAAACACGCUCGCUGAGAAUCUCUCUAACAUUACUAUAGAUUAUGACAAAUUCCACACCGUUAUCCAUCCGUUAUCGUCGCCCAUCAAGGAAACUGGUCAUAUACGCAUCCUUAACGGCACGCUGGCACCUGGAAACGCCGUAGCCAAGAUCACCGGCAAAGAAGGGCUUCGAUUUGAGGGUAAAGCCAUGUGUUUCGAGGAAGAAAACGAUGUUCUGCGCGCUGUUUCCGAAAAGCGCAUCCAGCCAGGCACUGCCGUGAUAGUUCGUUACCAGGGUCCGAAAGGCGCGCCAGGGAUGCCUGAGAUGUUGACACCGACUGGAGCAAUAUAUGGUGCUGGUCUGAGUCAGUCUACCUGCCUUAUCACAGACGGUCGCUUCUCUGGCGCCUCCCAUGGCUUCGUUAUCGGUCACGUCGUUCCAGAGGCUUUCAACGGCGGUCCAAUCGCACUCGUGCGCGAUGGCGAUCGCGUCGUUGUGGAUGCCGUACAUAACACAAUUGAUCUUUGUGUCGAUGAAGACGAACUAGCCGCUAGAAAGAAAUCAUUCUCCCCUCCUCAGCUCAAAUACACUUCGGGCGUUCUGUAUAAAUAUGCAAAGACCGUGGCUGACGCUUCGCAUGGGGCUUAUACGGAUUAA